AGGAAUGCUAAGCCGAAAGCCCUGUACAGUAUCUGGUAGUGGCACUACAACUGUCAUCAUAAAGACACCACAACUAGAUCUUGACUGAAAAGAGUUCAACCGGAGAAGUUUGUACAAAAAAGAAAUGAGGUUUUCAAUUUACAUGACAAUGCUCCUUCUUUGGGUGAGCCAAGAUCUGACCAAAUGUGAGAAAACAGGGGUAGUCCUUGACACCAUAAGGGUUGCCGUAGGAGAACCAUUAACGUUGAACUGCACAUACGACUGUUCCCCUGGGUUUGUCCGUGGCUGUUGGAGUCCUGAAGAAGACUCUGGCACUGCAGGAUGUUUGGGUACAAUCACCCAGAAUGAAGUCUGCACCGUAUCUCUACAGUUUCCAAACAUUUCUAUCGAAGAUGUCGGCUCCAUCCAAGUCUGCUACUCUGAGAACACAGCUCACCCGGAGCUGAAGCGACAAAUAGAGCGUAGGGUGGAGCUGCAGAUUCAUGGCCGAAGAGACAUUCCCAGUUGGACCACAGGUUCUGACACGGCAAGCUCUGAAAUCAAAUGGACUGAAAUGAUAACAAGUGAGUUUUGAGUAUAAUAAGGACAAUUCUUUUUCACACAAUUUUACAAGAUGCUAAUAUGUUAUGAAUUUUCUUAGCCUCAAUUCCCACCCAACCAAAGGAUUCAGGUGAUAUGAUAUGAUUUUGAUGUAAAUCAAGGAUAUGAAUAUGAAUAUUUGGAUGUAACAUUGGAUUUUUUAUUUAUAACAGGGGAGGUGGCUGGAAUGAAUACUCUGCAAAGAUCCAUUGCAAUUGUUGGCAUUGCCCUUGUGGGGUUAGGGUUUUUCCUCUUAGUAAAGUAUAAAAGGAAGGGCGGCCCUGUUGAUUCAGUAAAGGAUCGGCCUAUAUCACUAGGUUCCCAUGCCAACCGAUCACCUGCUAGAGACGACCAGAGCGACAGCGAGGUGGCUUACGCUGACAUCGUGAUCACUGUCCGAGGGGCGAGCUCGCCAGAGCUCGCGCAGAUAUGUUACGGCAGUCACGAAGACCAAAGAGAGCGCUGGAGAGAUGAGACGUACCUGAGCCCCUUCCCUGCGUCUCACCUGCCGCAGAUCUCGCGCUCUGCUGACCGACUCAACGUUAUCCCGAGAGAAAUCUCGCGUAAACUGAGCACCAACUCAGAGUAUGCGAUUAUUACGUAUUCGUGAUUGAGAUGGCCUGCUAGGACAAACUUAAUGUAUUAAAUCCAUGCCUGACUUAAAUGCUUGAUUCUAAUUAUGUACAUGUUGGUUUUUAAUAGUGUGUAUUAAAAUAAACGAAACAACUGUGUCUGGGGUUUCUCCUUUGGGCAGGGGGACCUCUUGGGUCUCCGUACAUUAGUUUCGUUGCAUAGCAACUAUCCUAAACAAAACUCAUGUUGACGUGCUCUCUAGUGUCUCACUGCUACUCAGUUGUUUAAGGCGAUUUAAAAGCCCUACGUGGUCUGAGAGAGGAUGGCUGUACCUUUCUCCAACACACACCUACGAGUUCCUCGUGGGUUUGGCUCCAUCCUGGAGGGGCUGGCGAGGGAAGUGUUGAGAAACCAGCCUGAAGACAUCCCUACUUAUGCCCUUCUUUACUUUGAAGGCCUUCUUAAAGAAAGAGAAGAGAGUGGCUUGGACCCUGCUGAGUGGGCGGCAAAAAUCGAGGACAGAUUCUACAACAACCAUUCGUUUAAGGCUAUUCCACCUGCAACAGAUGUUACAUCCAACACUGAAGAAAGGUCAAAAACUGAAAAUCAAGAAGGUGUUCAAGUAGCCUCACCCCACACAAGGCACCCUGAUGGUUUCACUGAAUAUGUUCAAGAAGAGAGUGAUGAUCGAGGAACAGUAGAGAAGGUCAAAACUGAAGAGGAGCUCUCACCAGAAGAGUCAGAUGACAUACUCCAAGUUGCGGGUGUUAGCAGUGAAGAUUGUGGCAGGGAAAAAGAGGAUGAAGAACAAACGCUUUUCACUGCAUAUGAUAAAGUUGAUCAGGAAUUGAUAGAAAGUGACAUCCAGUUUUCGACAGACAAAGAUAUCAGUCAGUCUGAAUUGGAUAACACUAGUUUGUUAUUAUCCCGAGGCGAUUCCAUGAGAGAUGUGUGCGCUGAUGAGUUACAAACAAUUGAACACGGCGAAAAACCACCCAUACAAGAACAAGAGAACAAUUUAUCAGGUGACGAGAUUAGAGACACAUCGGACAUCGACCAAAGUGCUGAUGCUGGAAAUGUUAGACAGGAGUUUCCAUAUUCUGGGCUAGCAGAUGUGGAUGUGUGUGCUGAGGAACUUCAGCAGACAGACAAAGCAAAUGUGGUCGAUGAUUACCUUAAUGCACCUUCUACCAAAGAGGAAGACCUUCCUGGGGGCUUACCGCUGUCCCAAAACCAAACACAAACACCUUCCCUAGAAGAUAUGGAACCCCAGGAGAAGAAAACACUGGAGAUCCAAGAACUAAUUGAGACACAUCCUCUAGAAACACAUGAACUUGUACUUUCCACAGGAAAUGCUGGUCACCAUACGAAGGAAAUUGAGAAUACGUUAGCUACUGAUGCUGCUCCUCAGGAGGAGGCCUUAGUUGAGAUUAACUUUGAUGAUGUCCCCGAAGUUCACCAGAUAGUUGAGACUGAAGGUCAGACAGAAGACGGAUCUUCGGUCUUGGAACACAGUGAGCAGCGACCAGAGAGCCAGUUGGAUGAGGACAUCGUUGGGGCUCGGUCUGGUCAUGGGGAAGAUGGUUUACAAUACAGUGAUGAGCCCACCUCUGAAACAGAGGGACAAGAGAAGGAAGUGAAGGCCGAAAGGGAGGAAAUAGACGACAAUGAGGCUGCAGACAUCAGCCUGAAGUUGGACACAAGUGACCUAGCCUUGAGCAAUAUUGGUUACAAAGGAGAUUUAGAUGGAACAAUUUUAUCAAGCAAGGCCACUGCAGGUUUGACAAAUCUUGAGCUAAAAACUGAUUUUGAUAACGAUGAUGAAACAGACAACGCGGACGCAAGUGAAGUUGAAAACCGGGGCAAUAAGGAUCCUGAAAGACUGAACGCAUCCAAUGAGACAGACGAUCCACCAGAAGACGCCAUUGAUGAUGAGAAGCGAGAAAUCAGUCGAGGGGUCAUAGACGACGCACAAGGACAGUUCAGCGUGAUGGAAGAGGGGCUUCCUUCUGAAUUCGAUGAUGCUAACGCUGGAAUAAAAUCGAACGAAUCCGAACCGGAAAAAGGACAGGAAGAAGUGGCUGAGGUGAUGGCAGUAGAGGAGAAUCCGAUGGAGAUGAAGGAAAUAGCUCUGGCACCUGUGGAGCCACAGCCUGAGGACACUAUGGAGGAGAUAGAGGACACAGUGGUGAUGCCGCGGACCAGCGGGGCAGAAGACCGGGCUGAAGAGGUAGUGAUUGAUGAACAAGGACAAGGAAGGAGCAAUGGCGUUGGGGAGGGGUCCAUAGAAAGCUUCCACCUCGGUGCAGGUCGGACACAUGAUGACGUCUACCAAGGGGACCAAAGGCCGCCGGAGACUGAGAAUGACGUUGUGGAUCAGGGGACCAAGGAUGAGGACAAGGAGGGGGAGUGCAGCAGACCCCAGGAGGAGGAGGAGGACAUCAUGGACAUCCCCCUCGACGACCCUGAAGCCAACAAGGCCGCCGCCAAAAUCCAGGCCGGCUUCCGCGGCCACAUGACCCGCAAGAAGAUGAAGCCGGAGGAGAAGGCCGAAGGGGAGGAGGUGAGCACUGGGGAGGCACUCGGCGGCAGCCAGGGGGGCACAGAGACAGGAGGAGCGGGGGCAGUAGAGGGAGACGACAACACAUCUGUACCAGAGCAGUGACACCCCUCCCCCCUCCCCCAAACUCCCCGCAGCCCCACCCACCACCCUCCAACACCCUCCAACACCCCACCCCACCUGUCCCCGUCUCGAAGGAAGGAAGACUGAAGGAGGAAGGGGGUAGGAGGAGGCAUGCCAGCGUGGGGGAGAGGAAGAUGGCUGGUACAAGCCUAGCAGGGGCUAUAGGCUGCUACUAAUAGGCACGCAACCUUUUUACCCAAGGAAUCACCACUUUGUAUGUACUAUAUAUUAUACACAGAUAAGCAGUAGUUAACCUAUGUUAUUCUCUUCAGGCAGAUUUUAAGGGUGUGUCGACUUGUGUGUGUGUGUUGUGCAUUUUGUGUGUGAAGUUGCUCGCUCCUCUGCUGCUGGUGCGUCCCGGUUCCUCGGUGUGGCUGUCUUUGACCCAGAUUGUGUGCAACGCGCUGCUGCAUGUGCUCGUGAAACUUCUGGUCGUGUGCUAGUUUUUAGUUUUGACGGCCCGUGGAUGUGUAAAUGAAUGUCUUCUGAAUUGCUAAACAGGGCUAGUUAUGGAUGAAAAUAGUUCCUGUCAUCUGUAAUAAAAAAGAAAAUGAAGAAAAGAUAGGAGAAAUACCUUUAAUAAGCCAUGAUAAGGUUCUGCAUUAUUAAUUAAUUAUUAUUUGUUUGGACUUGUUUGCCUUGCUUUUAUUGCUUGUGUUCAUUGAUAAAAGCUACACAAUUGUGAUUGUACUCAUUAUCAAGACAGAGGUAGCUAUAUGUAUAAAAUAUUAUCCUAUCUAUUCUUGCUUAAGUUAUACGAUUUUGGUUUUGACUUACAUCAAUGAUCAUUUUGAAUACAGAUCAAACACCAGUUCUCUGUUGACAGUAUUUUCUACAAAUCUGAUCUUCCAAAGCAGUAAGCAUGCAGUAAUAAUCUUUUCUUUCAAAUGUUCUUAGUCUAGCUUAAGCUAUAAAAAUUCGAUGAAUUCACUCUAUUCUUGUUUACAUGGGUUUAAGUUGUCAACCACAUUUCUAACCAAUAAUACAUUGUCAGUUAUCCAAGGAUGUAAAGUCAGUUAUAUGAUCAUGCGUAAGACUUAAAACUUUGCUUCAACCUGCUGUAAAAUCAUGCGGCUCCUUUAAUAAAUACAUACCAUACAAAGGGUA